UUCAUCUGUGGCAUUAGAAAGAAACUUGGUAUGGGUGAGUGAAGGUGCUCUUACUCAAAGAAGCACAACGUGCUGGGGACUAAAGACAUUGUCUGAGCAUGUGCACUGUAAGGAAAACAUGGUCGCAGUGAGUAAACGCUAGACAGGUAGAUGACGUUAGCUCGUAUUGAAGGAAGUAAUUUAUAGGAAAGUCUCUGUGGCUACGUCCCAAACCGCCUACUGCUCUAUUAAUUAGUGUGUCAGUAUAACUUACCGGUUGUAUCCUCCUUAUAGGGAGGUAUGUGGGUUUGGACUUAGCUCUAUUGUUCCUCUAUAGGCCAGGAAGAGAGCGGAGGGAGACCUCUGAUGACGUGCUCAAGGAGAACAGCAUCAUACACAAAAGGAAGGAAGAGCAAAAGAAAAGAAAUAAUACCGCGCGUAAUUUUUUUUUUUUUUUUUUUUUAGAAAAUUUGUAUAAGGAUUCUAUUUUAAAGCAGCAAUACGCAGUUUUUUCUCCUUUGAAUAUCGAAGAUGGAUGCAUUAAUUUAUUUAAUUAAUUAACCCAGCUUUCCCCCGCGCCUCCCUUUAGCAGACGUAAACAGCUUCACCUCCACAUCCUCAUCCUCGUAGUAACACGCCUUUAUAAAUAAAGAGAUGCUGGAUAUAGACGGGAACAAAUGGGCCGAUUCGAAAAAUUGUAUUUACGGAUCGUGUAAAGAAUUAUAUAUUUAGAAUUAGUGUCGCCGGACAGUGCGGUUUGUCUCGCAGCGGCACAGGUGUUGGCGCGGAUGCUGAGGCGGCGGAUGGGGUGAGUCUGGCCGGAGCGGAGCGCUCCAACAGCGGGCUGCUCCUGAGUGAGGGUCCGCUGAGCGGGAAUAAUGCAGGACGCGGCAGACGGAGAGGAGCCCAUUCUGGCUGGGACUGCCAGGGAAGAGCAGCGUCCAGUGAAGCAGUCCCUGGCUAGCUCUCUAUGUCGAGAGUCACAUUGGAAGUGUCUGCUUCUCACGCUGCUUAUGUAUGGUUGUUUUGGCACACUGACCUGGUGCGGAUUAUGCAAGGUUCCUGUCCUCACAGUACCUGAAGAGCUUGCAGCUACAGUAUUGGAAAAUGAAGACCAGUCUACAACUUUAGCUGCUGCUAAUACUUACAGCCCUGAUGAGUUGGCUCUUGACAGCCCUUGCUCAAGUGGUUAUGUCUACAUUCCUCUGGCUUUUCUGGCCAUGUUAUAUGUGGUCUACUUGGUGGAGUGCUGGCACUGCUACUCCAAGACUGCCAUGCUGGCUCAAGCAGAGGUCGCAGAGGUCUAUGAGCGUGUGCAGAGACUUCAGCAGGCUACACCAUGCAUUUGGUGGAAGGCCAUCAGCUACCAUUAUGUGCGAAGAACCAGACAGGUAACACGCUACCGCAAUGGAGAUGCAUAUACCACCACACAGGUGUAUCAUGAACGGGUCAACACGCAUGCAGCGAGUUCAGAGUUUGACUAUGCCAGGCUGGGUGUAAAAGAUGUCUCAAAGGAGCUAAGGGGCCUCAUGGAGCAUCCGGCAGUACGUCUGCGCUUUACAAAAUGCUUUAGUUUCUCCAGUGCCCGAGCAGAGGCUGCCUACCUCACACAACGUGCACGGUUCUUUGGGGAAAAUGAAGGCUUAGAUGACUACAUGGAGGCACGGGAGGGAAUGCACCUGAAGAAUGUAGACUUUCGUGAACACAUGCUGGCCUUUCCUGACCCUGCUCGGCAGCCCUGGUAUGCACGCAGGAGGGUGUUCUGGCUUGCUUCAGCUUUGCUGCUGUCAUGGCCACUUCGGGUUGUGGCAGAAUAUCGCACUGCAUAUGUGCAUUACCAUGUAGAAAAGCUGUUCGGUGAUGAAGAUGACAGCAGCAGAGGUGACGGAAGUGACAAUGGAGGAAUCAAUGAGAAUGUAAAUGGACCUGGUGGAGGUUGCAUCGGAUCGAGCUACCGUGCCAUUUCCCGGGUUAACACCGUUGACAUGACGGAACUUGAGUGGCACAUUCGCUGCAAUCAGCAGAUGGUUCCCAGUUAUUCUGAGGCACUGCUGAUGGAUCCUGGCACAGAUGGUAACCAAGGUACUAACCCCCAUCCCCCUGGGGCAAAUUCCAAUACUGGAGGUCCUACAUUGCCUGUGGCCUUUGCCUCAGCCUACCUGCUCCAGAGCUGCCCUCGCUGUCGCCGGUCCACUAGCAGCAUGUCACUCCCUUCCAGGCUUAGAGGCCCAACAGCUGCUUUGCUGACUGGCACUGUAGCUGGGAUGAGGGCUAGCGGAGCAGGAGGUGCUGCUGGAGGUCCAGGCAGACUUGUUCUGAGCAGAAGUGGCUUUUCAUUGGGUCGUCUCCAAGCCACACGUCCCACAUCUCUGUUCCAUUCCCGCAGUGUAGGUGGAGGUCUAGGAGGACGAGGGGAGGAGGGGAGUGGUGCAGGAACAGGAGGUGGGGGAUUUCUUGGUUUGAGCUCAAGGCAAGAUGAAGAGAGUAGAGGGGUGUUAAUGGGAGAAGGGGAGGAGGAAGAAGAACAAGGAAACCAGGUGGCUAGGGAGGAGGAGAGAGAAAGACAAGAAGAGGAAGCAGAGCAACCAGAAGAUAGCAACAGGGAGGAAGGGAGAGAAAGCGAAAGGGAUCGGCCUCCUACAUAUCAGGAUGCUUUUUUCUUCCCCGUUCUUAUUGUGCAUGGAGAGGAGAGUUGUCAUUCAGGAGGGGACAUCUCAUAAACAAGAAGUUUGACUUCUAGAAAAAGGAGAAAAUGGAAGGAUGACUCUAGUAAGACAGAGGUAGCAUUUUUUCCUAGAGAGGUAUAAGGGACAGUAGGAACUGAAAGCCUCAGUUGUCAUGUAGAAAAGCUAUGUAGGUUGGAAUACAUGACUCAUUAUAUCUAUGCAAGAGAGAGAGAAGUCAGGAAAAAUAAGUAAAAGAUAUUCAAUAAGUUCUUUCUCCAUUUGUUAUGUUUCAAAAAGAAAUAUAUUAUAGAAGGAAGAAGACCAUGAAAGAAACAAAUAAAGAAAUUAAUAAAAUCUCUCUGUACAUUUUCAAAGUAAAUACAUCACAGAAAUCUAGGGUUGGAUCAUAAUACAACCAUUUCUGUUUCUGGUUUUCCACUAUCAAGUAAUUCCAGUGAUAGACUUAUAAUCUUCAGGUACAAAAAAAUCACCAUAACUGCAGCCUUGGAACCCAAAUGGACCACAGUCUUCUGGAAGACACCCCACCUCUGCAUGUAACUUAAUGUUACCUCAGCCAGUGUGCUAACAACAGACUUGCAAUUUACAGUGUAUCCCAUUUAUCAGCAACAGAAACAUACAACCCUGUUUUCUGACCGUCGUCUAUCCAGAUUAGUCUGGUCUUAACAUCCUCAAAAUCUUCUGUGUUGCAUGCUGUUUGUGGAGGCUUGGCUGAAGCCAGAUGAUUUUUGGGAGAUCUGGUGAACAUGUGGAGCUCAUAUUGGAGCUUUGGCUCAUAUUGGAACAAGUGUAUCACCUUUGCUGAAUAGCUUGAUCCAAGAUUUCUCAUUUAAAAUGAGAAGGAUAUAUUCUGGACAUUAAAUGGCUCUGUACCCAGUUGAUAUGAGAAGCAUAAAAAUGUGGAGUGUGUUCUUAAUGCUGGAAGCUUUAUCACAUCACUGGUAUAGUGAAGCACAUUAUGUUUUUGGUACAUUUGCUAUAUUAGUAAGAUUAUUUGUUCUGUAGUAUAUUACCAGUUUUGCCUGAUGAAGGGCUUUGCUCAAAUACUUUGCCUCACAUAGACACCUUGUUUUAUGGGAAGUUAUGGUGCAACCAUACAACAUAUUGCCUUCCAUUAUAGCCUCUAUACUUGUCUUUCUUAUUGUGUCACAUGAGCAUGAACCAGCUAAUCAUUAAUGAAAAUGGUUAGUGUGCCAAGAAAUACUCACUGAUUGCUAAUAAUUGUAUGUAUCAGUGGCCACAGUCUGUACCCAUUUUGUAUAUACUGUAGGGCACACUUUUACCAAACUUUUUUUAUUUUAUUUUUGCACAAACGCUCACACCACCAUAUUUCCAGUCACUCAGCCCUACAUGCAAUAUUUGUUUUGAGUGUUUUUAUGUUUGUAUGUAUAUUUGAUGCCUUUCUAUAUUUAGUGCUUGUGCAUCUGGGACUAAUACUACACUUGCAAUAUGUCACUUCUCAAGCUCUAUUGUUUGUUGUAGGAUAAGCAACGAUAGUUGGCAGUUUCGCAUAUUCUCACUCAAAAAAAAGACGCUACAGCUCCACCAAUAGAGGUUCAAACAAAUCCACACAUAGUCAUUCACUCAAUUAUGUGAAUGAACAUGCUUUCAUUUAAAAACAUGCAGGCUAGGCAGACUUCCUAGUAGCACUUACGUGAUCCCAUAUAUGGGGAAAAUAAAAAGAGGGAAAAAUAUGUUCAGGCAAUCUUGUCAGAAUGUUCUGUGCUACAUAAUGAAUGUUGACUACCGCUGAAGUUUUAAUGAGAAAUGACAGAAAGAGGAUAUGACACAAGCAUUUAAAUGAGAGGUUUUGCUCCGCAUAUGUAUAGGCUUUAAACUACAGCCACAUUUUACAAGUUUAGAUUUAACUAAACUUGUGCUGAUUAAUUAACAUUCCAGUGCAGACAACAGCUGAUUGUUAUGUGUGGUUGUGGAGUUGAUAUACAAGACUAAGGCAGCUGAGUGUGUUUAUGUAUGUAGAUGUUUAAAAUGUGUGAUGCUCUUUCAUUUCUAUUCUAUGUCAAAGCUUUGGGGUGGGGUGGCUAGA